GCUGUGAACCUGAGUGAUAGCAGGAUCGAACUCGAAAUGAAAACAUUACAGCAUUUCGGUAAUUUAGAGUUGUGACAAACGAUAUAACUCAUCAAAUUUUCGACAUUUGAGGAACUAAAUUUCAAGGCGGAUGAACAGUGUCUUAAUGGAUGAUUGUAUGGCUUACCACUUCAUAAGGAUUAUCAGUGGUCGAACCUAGUAUAAAGUAAAAAUACAACGAUAUAUAUUGCAUAUUUUUCGGGAGUUGCAUUGACCAAUAACCUCGGACAUAACAGAAUUAGAAAGGAUCGCGUUUAAGGAAAGACCGGCCCCAUUUUUCACACAACCUUAAUUUACUCCUUCGCAUAUUUCACCAAAAUUUAAAAUGGAUUAAACGUAUUCAAACAGAUGCCUAAGGUCCUGAACAUUCGACAGUGAUGGCGAUGAAGAGUUCCGGAUGGUUACUCCUUUACAUUACGGCAGCUGCCGUAGUACUAGUUCACCUUCCUGGAUCGGAAGCAUUUGCGAACCUGAGGAUCAGCGUUUACAACGAGACCCACGAAGACUUCAUUGACCGUCUUCUGAAUGGGUACAAUAAAUAUCUACGACCUGGCCUAGAAGCGGAAAUUAUCGAUGAUGUCCAGAUUGGAGUGUAUAUCAAAAGUAUAAGUUCAGUAGAUACAGCACAUAUGCAAUACACCCUAGAAUUGGUCCUAUACCAAUGGUGGACGGACGAAAGGUUCAACUACUACCCCGCCUACAACCACAGCUUGGUCCUCAGCUAUUACUACGACGAUAUAUGGACACCGGACACGUUCUUCAAGAAUGCCAGGAGCGCCUCCGUGCAUACGGUGACGCACGACAACAGAUAUAUCCAUGUGACACCGCAAGGAGUUGUCACCCUUGCGCAAAAAAUAACUGCGACUCUGAACUGUCAGAUGAAUCUUUACUACUUCCCACAUGAUACACAGUACUGCCACAUCAUCCUGUCUAGCUUCGGCUUCCCAACGGAUGAGCUGAGGCUGUCCUGGAACAGUUACGGUGUCAAGUACGAUCCAGCUAUGCAUCUCCCCGAGUUCACCGUAGCAAAGGUGGAUACGUCCAGAUGCGUACAUGAAACGGUUACAGGUAGCUUUUCUUGCAUCGAAGCUGAGAUACAACUCGACCGCGACACUGGGUUCUACAUCAUCCAGACAUACAUUCCGACCAUCAUAUUCGUCAUGUUGUCAUGGUUGAACUUCUACAUGGAUCCGAAGGCAGUUCCCGCACGGGUCGCCCUCGGCCUUUUGACGGUCUUGGCAAUUACGACGAAGAGCUCCGGUUCGCUUGGUCAACUUCCAAAGGUCUCCUACGUCAAGGCGAUAGACGUUUGGAUGUCCACGUGCCUUAGUUUCGUCCUCAUAGCAUUUGCGGAAUACUGUUUGGUACAUUAUGUUCUGAACUAUUGUGAGAAGAAGGAGGACUCGCCUAAACCGAAUCUGCCUCCGAGUGGACCUAAAGUUCAACCGACUCCGGAGGACGUAGACCGCAGCGGUGGCGAUAACAGUAUUCGGAAUGGAGAGGCAUCUUUUCACGGAAAGAACAGCAAUGGGUGGAUUGGAGGUACCAGCAACCAUCCCGGCAGUAACACACUCACGCCAACUGAUGGCAAAGCCUCAGGGGGUGCCGAGUCCCGUUCUAAUCAUAAAGUCACAGUGGUGGAACCAGACGCAACAGAGCGAUGUAGCUGCCUCGCCCUCAAAAAGAAAAGACCGGUGUCUGUAGCAAUAGACUAUUGGUCAAGACUGGCCUUCCCAGUGGCCUUUUUCAUCUUCAAUCUGUUUUAUUGGAUCAAAUACCCUCUUUGGCUUUAGUAACAUUUAAUUGAUGUUUGGCUGAGACCAGUAUAGGGUUACGUAUACACAAUAUAAAUAUAGUUGAUAAAUGUGCAUUAUACAAUCAUGUAAUCUGUUUUAAUGAUAUGCAAAAACAUUUUUUUCUCAUCGAACAUGCAUGUACAUGUACAUUUGUAUAUAUACUUAAUUGACGAAUCCUUCUUUUUGUGGAAAACAA